AUGUCGGCAAGUACCAGGAAGGUGGAGGCCUCCUUUGAGGUUCCUGCAAACCCUGCUCUUCUCCCAAUUAAGCAAGCUCAGUUUCCUCAGUCCCUCCUCACAGAGCACGGGAUCCAACCUGCAGACAUCCUGGCGGUCCACUCUCCAAGUUUAUCCAUGUCCUUCAUUCAGACAUUCAAAUCAAUCUCUUUGGUGACCAAGAUAGAGCACUUAGAACAGAUUGCUGCUGGAAGCACUGAUCUGGGUACAGGUUGUAGCCCAGACCUGAUGCGGGAGGUAGUACAGGCAAACUGUGUCCGCUGGAAGAAAAAGUUCUUAUUUAUGUGUAAAAUCAGUGCCAGUGCCACAACAGGGAUUCUGGACACUUGCAUUUGCAGGGUAUCUGUACGCAAGGAGCUAAAAGGAGGAAAGGCAUAUGCAAAGCUGGGAUUUGCAGAUCUAAAUCUAGCAGAGUUUGCUGGAUCGGGAAAUACCACUCGUCGCUGUUUACUGGAAGGUUAUGAUACCAAAAAUACAAGACAGGAUAACUCCAUUCUCAAAGUUUUGAUCAACAUGCAGCUAAUGUCUGGAGAUCCAUGCUUUAAAACGCCUCCUUCCACAGCAAUGUCUAUAGCAAUUGCUGGAGAAUCAGAAUCUUUGCAUGAAGACCGGAAGGGUGGAGAAAGCUUAAAACUAGUACAUCUGGGCAUAGCAGAUGUCUCAUCAAAGAGUGCCUCCGUCCCAGAUGAACUUGGUGCAUGUGGACAUUCCAGAACAUCAAGCUAUGCAAGUCAGCAGUCAAAACUGUCAGGGUAUAGCACGUGUCACUCUAGAUCAUCCAGUCUGUCUGAACUCUGCCACAGGAGAAACACCUCAGUGGGUAGUACCUCGACAGGAAUAGGCAGUAUUCUAGAGCCAUGUGAAGAGACUGAGCCAAAAGUAACCGAACCCGAUAUUGAUACAUCUGUUAAAGGUGCACCAUCAGAAAAACCCUGCAGACAUCCUGUAAAGCAAGACUCUGUGGAGUCACAGCUGAAGAGGGUUGAUGCUACCAGAGUUGAUGCUGAUGAUAUAGUUGAAAAAAUACUCCAGAGUCAAGACUUCAGUUUAGACUCAAGCGCAGAAGAAGAAGGUUUAAGAUUAUUUGUGGGCCCUGGUGGAAGCACUUCUUUUGGAAGCCAUCACCUACCUAACAGAGUAGGAUCUGGAGCAUAUGAGCAGGUGGUGAUAAAACGCUAG